AUGGGUCGACUAUCACAGAGAGAGAAGGAUGAGCGGGAGGAGCGGAUGAUUUUGGCAAUUCAUCACUACAGAAAGAGUACAGAACCAUCAAUAAGGGCAACAGCAGAGAAGUACUCAAUUGCCUACUCAACUCUACGUGAUAGACUUGGAGGGGCCCAAAGUAGAAAGGAAAGUCAUCGGCAUCAACAGCUUUUAACUGAGCAAGAGGAGAAAUCAAUGGUCCGAUGGAUUUUGAAGAUGGAUGAGUGGGGCUUCCCACCUCACAUAGCAAUAGUAAAGGAAAUGGCGGCUGUAUUGGUCAAAAACCGCACCAGUCAUCGAAAUCUAGGAAAACAUUGGCUUACUAGAUUCCUCGAUCGCAACCCUGAUGUAGCGACUAAGCACAGCAAUCGCUUAGAUCGCCAGAGAGCCUAUGCAUCAAAUCUGGAAGCGUUAAAAGAUUAUUUUCGCAAGUUAAAUGAGGUGACCAAGAAGUUUAAUAUUCAGCCUCAAAAUACUUACAAUAUGGACGAAAAAAGUUUCAUGAUGGGUGUGGCUAAACGCUGCAAGGUGAUCUGUAAAAAGGGGAGGAGAAAUCCGCGAUUGACGCAUGACGGUAGCCGAGUUUGGGUGACUGUCAUUGAGGCUAUCAGUGGUGACGGUCGCACCUUACCACCAAUGAUAAUAAACAAAGGUGAUGGUCACUAUAUGGGCUGGUACGCAGCAUUGAAAGAUAGUGACAAAGCAGUAUUUGGCUACUCCCCGAAAGGUUGGAGUGACCAAAAGCUUGGUUUCGAAUGGCUAGUCAAGGACUUUGAACCCAACUCGGCUAAACAGCUUUUAUUUCCAGCCAGAAAUCUCGCAUUUACAAAGGACAAUAUCCUCAGUGCAUGGAGAAAGACUGGCAUCAUUCCUUUCAAUCCCCGCAAAGUCAUUGAUAGGGAAAAGACCCUGGACGCCAAGAACGCCGAGCUUUCAAAGUUCCGCCCGCCCAUGACAGUAUCCGCAACUCCCAGGACUUCAAGAAGUGCAAUUAGCCUUGCUAGACAAGCAGCGGGACUACUAAAGGGUAAUACAGACAGUGCUCGCCGGCUAAAAGCUAUUAUCACACAGCUUAAUAAAGGUCUCCAAGGUGCCAUCACUGACAAGGAAAUUGGGGAGGAAAUGCACCGACAAUACAAGCAAAGAGUUGAGAAUAAGCCCAAAGCAAAGACAAAUGAUAAGCUGUAA